UUUAACCUAAAAAAUAUUCAUUUGACAAUAGUCUCGUGACAAUAUUUUUUGUUGGUUGGGCAAUGUUAUUUAGCAAUUAAAAUCUUUUUAUGAAUGUAUCGCGUUAAAUAAAAUGUUCGAACAUUCAGUCAAAGUACCAAGACAUUACAAAAUAGCUGCAAAUAUCUUUAAGAAAGUUUCUACUGAAGGCGGCAGCGUCAAAACCCUAUUGUACGACGAUAAACUUCGGCAUUUCAGGACAAAUGUGCUUUUUGCACUGAUAACAGAAACAAUCAAACAUGCGAGUGACAUUGACAAAAUAUUUGAGAAUUGUAAAAUAUUAGAGAAUGAGUCACGUUUAGACCCAUGGCUUGCCAAAAUUCUCACAGCAGAACUCCUGUUCGGCAAAAAGGCAUUACCUGGCAAGAGCAAGCCGGAGCAAACAGUCCUCUCGUACAAAGACCAGUUUGAGAAAUACACAUCUGACCAUCAAGAUGACUUGAAGACCCAAGCGGCUCCCAGACCAAGAUAUGUACGCAUCAACACAAAUCUAUUGACAACAUCAGAUGCCAUCAGAGCUUUCCAAGACGAGGGGUAUCGGUUCAUUCGGUGCACAUCUGGCUCGUACAAUGACUAUCUUGAACAAAUACAGAAUCUUACCGAGUAUGAUUUUACACAAGACUAUCAUGUGAAGACGAUGUUUGUAUUCUCUGCUGGGACGAAACUGCAUGAACAUGAGUUGUAUUUGGAGAAUAAGAUUAUUUUACAGGACAAGGCUACAGCAAUGGCAGUCCACUUGCUGGCUCCUCCUCCAGGUAGCGUGGUGCUGGACAUGUGUGCAGCUCCUGGCAUGAAGACUACACAGCUAGCUGCUUAUAUUAGAAAUACUGGUCGAGUAUUCGCAGUCGAGAGAAACGAGAAGAGAUAUCAAGUACUACAUGAUUUUGUUACUAAAACUGGCUCCACAUGCGUGGAGACACUGCAUCGAGACGCGUUAGAAAUCAAAAGGGGAGAUAUGGAUGAUGUUGAAUAUAUUCUGCUGGAUCCAAGUUGUUCAGGAUCAGGCAUGGAUUUCUGCGUUCACAGCUACAUAGAAAGUACAAGGCUCGCCAAACUGACAUCUUUACAAGAGAAAUUCCUAAAACACGCCAUGAACGCCUUCCCAAAAGCCAAACGCAUAGUCUACAGUACUUGCUCCCUAUUCCCUGAAGAGAACGAAAGAGUCAUCACCAAUGUAGUCAAGACUUCCAGAGCUAAAUGGAGGGUCCAAGAUGUCAAGGAACUCCUAAAAGGACAGUGGAACAACUUUGGAUCAGGUAUGUAUGGCAGCAUGGGAACAAGGUGUAUGUACGCCAAACCAGACUCCGAUUUCACGACAGGAUUCUUCUUGGCCGUUCUUGAUAGGGACCAAAAGGAUCUAGAAAAGAGUUUGAAUCAUGAAAAGAAAGCACAGAAAGAGUGGAUUGCGGUUAAUAAAGGGAAAUCUGAUGAUGAAGCUGAAGAAUCUAAUAAGAAGAAGAAAAGUAAGAAUCGAUCAGAUGAGAAUCAAGUUACUGAGGAUGUUGAAAUUGAUGAAGAAUUCAUAGAUGAGGAAAAACCAAAAUCAAAAAAGAAGAAACAAAAACAUGAAACAGAUGACAAUCAAAACACAGAUCCUGAUACUAAUCAUAAUUUAGACAUGGAACAAGCAGAGGCUCCAAAAAAGAAGAAAAAGAAACGUCAAAAUGACGAAACUAAUCAACCAGUUAACAAUAUUACGGAACAACUUAACGAGUUAGCUGUAGACUCUGAAGAAGUAAUCCCUAAAAAGAAAAAGAAGAAAGAUAAAAAUAAAGAUAGUCAAGAACUUGAAAUUAAUACAAAUACAGAUGACAAUAUAAGCAAUGAUAUCGUAGAAGUAACUAAAAAGAAGAAAAGAAAAAAGCAAAGAGAGAAUGAAGUGGAAAUUGAGGAAGAAGAAUCUGAAAAGAAAGUUCAGAAAAACAAAUCUAAAAAUCAUGACAAAGAAGUUUCAGAUAUUACCAGCGACAAUAUUGUAGAUGUAGAAGUAAGUGAAGCUCCUAAAAGGAAAAAGAAGAAGAAAAACAGAGAUGAUUGAUGGUACAAAUAUCUUUGUAUUUUUUUUUAUUUUGUUAACUUUGAAUAAAUGCAAUCAAGAA